AUGCCGUCUGAGCCGCCAUACGAUGCUCGUGUUCCACCAGCCACCAGUGAUACAUACCACGUUGUAAGAACAGCACAGCGUCGCAAUAAGACACACACCAAGGGGGACUCCUAUACCUGUACCGAUCGUAAUUACGGAUGGGGAAUCAUGGGCUUGCGUACUGCCACUCUAGUCUGUUGCAUUGAUGGGCUUAUAGGUUACAGUCGAGGUUGUAUCGGAAGCGUUGGGAUGUUCACUCGAAACAAUUGGUCGCAGGAGUCACUGCCGUUUGCGCUGCAGCACCAGUUCCCUAUAUCAACACCAGGACACGGAAGAACGAAGUACGCGGCCGUUGAAGCUGCGUAG